UUGGGCGGGGGGAAGGGGAGAGGCAAGCCUUACCUCACCACAUCCCGGGGACAAUGUCAGAGCGGGCGCCUGCCCCGGGGCCUGGUAGCUGAGAGGCGGCAGAGCCCGCGCUUCUUCCCCGCCGCUGUGCCUGGGCAGCCGCUUUGCCGCCUGAGGGAGGUUUCCCGAGGCAGCGAGGGCUGGCCUGGAGCUCCUUGCUUUGAACGCCGCCGGAGGCCUCCUCCGGUGUCCCUCGGGGUGGAGGGUGCGAGCAGGCUCGUCGUCAAAGGGAAAGCAGUCGGAGACACCCUCUCUUGGCGCCCAGGGAAGCGAUCCAGCUUCUUCUCAAGUAUGCAGUGACUGCUGGUGGCUUUCUGCCUUCGGGACCAGGAUAGAAUGCUCCAAUGGAGAGGUUCCUGAAAUUCAUUUUACUUCCUCUCAUCUUAACUGCCUCGCUGCCAGGUCUUGGCUUUUGUUACUCUAUCAUAAAUAGCCCUGAGAAUGCAACAGUCCUUGCUGGUUCAGAUGCCCGGUUUAAUUGCACUGUGUCAGUAGGAUGGCUAAUUCUCAUUUGGCUGUUCAAUGGAAACCCUGUCCUCACUGUCAUCAAUCCUCAGGGAGCCAUUGAAACAUCAGACCGCUUCACCUCUCGAAAUUAUACCAGUAGCAAUGGGUUUACCUCAGAGCUGAUCAUCCACAACACCCAGCUGAGUGAUUCUGGAAAAAUUGAAUGCAGCACCCAGCAACCUAAUGAGAGCAGCUUUGCAUUUCUUUCUGUUCAAGUUAAUGGAUCUUUAUUCAUCAAAAAUAGCACCUUAACAGUAACAGAGAACAAAACAGUUGAAAUUGUUUGUGAAGCCUUAGAAUGGGCUCCAGCUCCAGACAUUGCCUGGAUGACAAAUGACUCUUUCAUUGAUAAGUCAAGGUAUGUUACCCAGCAAAGUCAAGGAUCUAAUGGCCUCCACAAUGCCCUGAGCAUCCUAACUUUGACUCCGGUGGACACUGAGAUUUUGACUUGUUUAGCUGACAUAGAAGCACUCCCUAACCCUCAGAAUGCAACUGUAACUGUUAUUUUUGUCAACUCUACUAUGGAAAAUGAUUACAUUGAAGACAGCAGAAGCACGUGGGUUAUUGUACUUGCAGUUGUGCUUUCGGUUGUUGGUAUUGUUCUUCUGAUCAUUAUUAUUGCAGUUGUUGUACGCUGCUGCUGCCUAAAGAAGAAAGGAUCUACGUAUGAAAAUGAGAUAAGAAAAGUUUCAGCUGAGAAGAAAAAAGAUGGAAACUUGGGAAACAGGCAAAGGCAUGGUAGCGAAAAUCAAGGAUACAUUCCAGAGGAACUGUGGAACACAGAAGAAGACCCAAGAAUUUACUCUCUUCUCCCAAGGUAUCCAAAGUUUACUGUCCGUGCUGAAGAUUUACAUACCAGUUCUGCAUCAAAGGUGCAGCCUCAAAGACCUACUGAUUAUCCGAUCAACCCAAAGAAAAUUAGAAACAUGACACUUGUUUAGGAUGGACUUCUCCAGGAAAUUUCUCUGUUAAUCUGUUGCAUUUUAUACAUGUGGCUGGCUUCCUGCAGCAGAGAAAGGUUAACACCAGUUCUCUCAGUGUAAGCUCUAAGUUAUUUUUAUUUCUUUUCUCACGUAAUGAAAUAAAAUUGCAACCUUCAUAAUGAGGCAUAUGCUAUCUCAGCAACAUAAUGGACAUAAAUGACAGCCUUAACUUCAUAGACAAUGAAUUUGAUGGGACUCUACAAGAGCAAGAAUAUGUGCUUUGGGUCCCAAGAAAAUCAGCAAAACUCCUGUCAGGCAGAAAUGUGAGGUUAUCCACAGCAGGACCUGUGACUAGAGCUGCAAGACAUUUAUUAGUUCAGAAUAAAUGGUUAAUAAUUAAUACUGGUUAAUACCAUAUGAAUUACUUUUUAAUGUACUCUAUGUACAGCUGAUCAUUUCAAGAUUAUAGAUCCACAACAUUUUUCAAUUUCCGUUCUGUAAUAAAAUCAAGGGAAGUUUUCCUGAGGGUUAUUCUGAAAUUUCCAAACUGUCUUUGGAUCAGAAAUGAAUUUGUUUCAUUUCCAUACAUUCUUUUGUUAAAGGUAUUUAUCUUAAAUCCAGUGUUCCAGUGUUAAGUAAAAACCAAUCACUCAUGUGCCAAAAAAAUCCUGUUUUGUUUGAAAUGUGAAAAUCUGAAGCUGUAAAAUGUGCAUCUGAAAUUCCUGACUUUUAAGGUUAUUGCCUGAAUGCUGUUUGUCUCUCUUCUAUUCGUGGGCCAAGUUUCACAGCCAAAUGGCUUGGGUCUCAGCAAUGGCAGCUGCUGGUAUUCAUGAUGGACGUCAGGGACAGAGUUGGUAAUGACCACACCAAACGCCCUUUAGUUAGGCAACCUAGUCAGUAGAGCAGAUCUGACAUGCGGACACUAUACAUGCCUUCCCAAUCUAAAAAAUAUUAUUUCUAGCUGAAAUGUUUUGUCUAAAAUUUUGUAUUUCAUAAUAAAAAGUUCAAUCUUCUUAGUUUUUUACAAAAAGGCAAACUUCUUCCAGAAAAACAAGUUAUUUUCAGUGUACUCGUCUUUCUACCCACUCAAAGAAUUCUGAAUUAUUCAGUGUUUUGCAUGUCUAUCUUUUGUAUGAAACAAUGCAGGUACUCUUUCAGUGCUGAAAGAAGCUGCUACAUAGAAUUACUUUCAGUGAUAAUCUGUGCAACAAAAAUAAGAAAUUUGAAACCUGAUCUCAGGAAAAAUAAGUUGUUUUGCAUAUUUAGCAUUUGGCAUCUCGUUGAAUUGUGACAGAUUUUUGUACUGCUAGUCGCAUUUUCAGUCAGUCUGUCAGAAUAAGUGCUGAGGCCAAUUCAUGGUCUGCCACGUGCAAUUGUUUACAUAGCUGUUUCAAAUGCUGGCCAUCUACACUCUUUCUGUUUUAUUUGGUUAAGGAGGACCUUCAAAAUUCAUUCCCAUUGAAUGUAAUUGUACCAGCAGAAUGGUAUGUAGAUAGCUAUAGGGUUUUACAGAGAAAAUACAAGCAAUUUACAUUGUGGAAUAUUUGUGUUUUUCCUUGAAAUAACCCUCCACUGACAGAAACAAACACCUACCUUAUUCUGACCGAAGUAUUGGUAUUGCUGACAUCUCCUAUUACUGCUGCAGCUCAUUGUAACCUAACUGCAAACAAAAAUACACUUUAUUAGAAGGAUGUCCAUGGCAUGAGAGAAACAGGCCCAGGGAUACAGCAGCCUGUGACUUGGGAGUGAAAAACAGGGACUUUUGGCUUUCUAUGCACAUGCAUGAUUAGCACGUCUUUUGGCUCUCAGAAAAGUAACCCUGUGGUACAAAAGACGGCCUGAAGGCAGUUUUUUUCCCCAGCACAAAAUGAUGAUUAAGUAGAAUGUAUUUUGAAAAGGAAACAAACUCUACUGUGGUGUUUAUCUCAAAACCCUUUAUUUCAAGCUUUGCUUCAAUAUUAUUUGGUGUUAUAUUCAGCAGCCAACCUAGAACUGAAGAAAAACUUCUCUCUAAUUAAUCUAUAUCCUUCCACAUUAAUAAAAAAUGGCUAUAUUGAGAACAUGGGCAAAAGGACACAUGCUCUGAGCCAAAAAAUAAACUCCUGUGUCACCAA